GGCCUUCUCGGAGGUUCCGAGAACGGCAUCGUGGACAAGAACUGCUGCACGGACAUGACAAUUGUCUUUGCUCGUGGAACAGGCGAGAUGGGCAAUGUAGGCACAGUCUCCGGGCCACCCAUGUUCAAGGCUAUCCGUAGCAAGCUCGGUGCCGACCGCGUUACUGUCCAGGGUGUCGACUAUCCGGCCUCUGCCGCUGGCAACGUCAACCUAGGUGGCGAUGGUGGUGAGAAGAUGGCAGCGCUUGUCAAGCAGGCCAAAUCUCUGUGCCCCAACACCAAGGUCAUUGUCUCUGGCUACUCACAGGGUGCUAUGGUAGUCCACAAUGCGUUCAGCAAGGGACUUUCGGCUGAGGAUGUUAGCGGCGCGGUUCUCUUCGGAGAUCCGUUGAAGCGCACGGCCGUUGGCAAACUUCCUACAGAUAAGGUCAAGCAGUUCUGUGGCACUGCUGAUCAGAUUUGCGGCGGCGGUGGAGAUGGUGGUGCCACUGGUAGCCACAUUAGCUACGGUAGCAGUGCUGAGGCCGCGGCCACAUUCGCUAUCCAGGCUGCCGGUCUU